AUGGCUAUCAGCAUUGAGGAGCUCGACACCACCGUCCGCACCUUUUAUGAAGGUCGCGGCGAGCAGCUUUUCGGCACCAGUUCUCCUACAAAUCCUCUUGUUUGCUUUGCGUUGCUGGUUACUGACCUCACCCGCUACCAACAGCAUAAAGCCGCGCAGAAUGCCUUGAACCAGUUCAAGGAAGACCCCGAUGCCUGGCUCAUGGUCGACAAAAUUCUGUCCGAUGCCCAGUACCCGCAGACGAAAUACCUUGGUCUACAGGUACUCGAUAAUGUCAUUCUAACGCGAUGGAAGGUUCUUCCCCGCGACCAGUGCCAAGGCAUCCGCAACUUCAUUGUGCAAUUCAUCAUACAGUCCUCUAGCACAGAGGAGUCUUUGCAGGCCAACAAGACGCUCCUCAACAAGCUCAACCUCGUCCUCAUCUCCGUACUCAAGCAAGAAUGGCCCCACAACUGGCCGACCUUCAUCAACGAAAUCAUCUCGUCCUGCCACUCCAGUCUGUCGAUUUGCGAAAACAACAUGAUCAUCCUGCGUUUGCUCUCGGAAGAAGUCUUCGACUACUCUGCCGAGCAGAUGACCUCGGCCAAGACGCGAAGCAUGAAGCAGACUAUGUGCUCCGAGUUCUCGCAGAUCUUCCAGCUAUGCCAGGAAGUCCUCAACACGGCCGACCAGCCCAGCCUCAUCAUGUCUACUCUUCAGACCCUGCUUGCCUUUUGCAACUGGAUCCCCCUCGGCUACAUCUUCGAGACGCCCCUCAUCGAAACACUGCGAACUCGUUUCCUGCCGACCCCGGAGUUCCGCAAUGUCACGUUGCAGUGCCUGACUGAGAUUGGUGGUUUGCAGACGGGCAGCCCUGGUCAGCCCAACUCAUAUGACGAGCAGCUUGUGAAGAUGUUCACGGAAGUCCUGACUACCAUCGCCGAAAUUAUCCCCAUGAGCCUCGACCUCAAGUCCACAUACCCCAGCAGCAAUUCGAGAGAUCAGCAAUUCAUACAGAACCUUGCCCUGUUCCUUAGCAACUUUUUCGGGGCCCAUCUCAACCUCAUUGAGAAACUUCCCAACCGCGAUUAUCUGCUACACGGACACUACUACCUCGUCAGAAUAUCACAAAUUGACGACCGCGAAAUUUUCAAAAUUUGUCUCGACUACUGGCUGAAGCUUGUUCAGGAGCUCUAUGAGGAGAUGCAGCAGCUACCCAUGACUGACCUGAACCCUCUUCUCGCUGUUGGUGGUGGCAUCUCUGGCGGCGGCGCGCCCAACCCUUCGCUUCUCACCAACUACCCUCUCCGCAAACACAAGUACAACGAAGUGCUGUCGAACCUGCGAGUUGUCAUGAUUGAGAAGAUGGUCCGUCCCGAAGAAGUCCUGAUUGUCGAAAACGAUGAAGGUGAAAUUGUUCGUGAAUUCGUAAAGGAGAGCGACACUGUUCAAUUGUACAAGACAAUCCGCGAGUGUCUCGUCUAUCUUACUCACUUGGAUGUGGUUGACACCGAAAACAUCAUGACCGACAAAUUGGCGCGCCAGGUUGACGGCACCGAGUGGUCGUGGCACAACUGCAACGUUCUUUGCUGGGCUAUUGGCUCCAUUUCGCUUGCCAUGAACGAAGAGACUGAGAAGCGGUUUCUCGUCACUGUUAUUAAGGACCUCCUUGGACUUACUGAGAUGAAGCGUGGAAAAGACAACAAAGCCGUUGUCGCCAGUAAUAUCAUGUAUAUUGUUGGCCAGUACCCUCGCUUCCUCAAGGCCCACUGGAAGUUCCUUAAGACGGUCGUUAACAAGUUAUUCGAGUUUAUGCACGAGUCCCAUGAGGGUGUCCAGGACAUGGCGUGCGAUACCUUUAUCAAGAUUGCGCGACAGUGUAGACGCCACUUUGUCGCUCUUCAGCCCAUGGAGCAGGAGCCAUUCAUCGAAGAGAUCGUCCGUAACAUGGGCCGCAUCACCUGUGAUCUGACUCCUCAGCAAGUGCACACCUUCUACGAGGCCUGCGGCUACAUGGUCGCCGCUCAAGGGAACAAGAAUCAGCAGGAGCGCCUGCUUGCUGAUUUAAUGAACAUUCCCAACGCCGCCUGGGACGAGAUCAUCAAGCAGGCUACUAUGAACCCUUCGAUUCUUCAGGACUCAGAAACCAUCAAGGUCAUUGGUAACAUUAUGAAAACCAACGUAUCGGCGUGCACGUCCAUCGGCCCAUACUUUUACCCCCAGAUCGGCCGCAUCUACCACGACAUGCUGCAAAUGUACCGCGCCACGAGUACAUUAAUAUCUGAAGCCGUCCAGCGCGAUGGCGAGCUCGCAACCAAGAUGCCCAAGGUUCGCGGUCUCCGCACAAUCAAGAAGGAGAUUCUCAAGCUCGUUGAGACUUAUAUAGACAAGGCCGAGGAUCUGCAAGCUGUCCGUGCGCAGAUGGUUCCGCCACUACUUGACUCUGUCUUGGUCGACUAUAACCGCAAUGUUGCCGGUGCUCGCGAUGCGGAGGUGCUCAAGGCUAUGUCCGUUGUGAUUACGAAACUCUCCAACCUUAUGGAGGAUCAGGUUCCGACCAUCAUGGAGAACGUUUUCGAAUGCACUCUGGAAAUGAUCAACAAGGACUUUUCCGAAUUCCCCGAGCACCGUGUCGAGUUCUUUAACCUCCUCCGCGCCAUUAACUUACAUUGCUUCCCAGCUCUGCUCAAACUUGACAACAACCAGUUCAAGUUUGUGAUUGACUCUUGCUCCUGGGCUUUCAAGCACGACAACCGCGACGUGGAAGCUGCCGGCCUCAACAUGUGCUUGGAGCUUAUUACCAACAUUGCCGAGAAGACGGAUAGCGCCACUGCGAAUGCUUUCUUCCAGCGUUUCUUUGUUGCGAUUCUGCAGGACGUUCUAUUCGUUGUCACCGAUAAUGACCACAAAGCUGGCUUCAAGACGCAGUCGAUGCUGCUGAUGAAGCUAUUUUACUACAUCCUACCUGGUGAUGGCAGCCAGCCCAAGAUCCAAGGGCCCAUCUACACCGAGGGCCAGGCUCAGGCGGGAACCAGCAACCGAGACUUCUUGGGUGUCUCGGUUUCGGAACUGCUGCAGAGGGCAUUCCCCAACCUGCAAGCCGCUCAGAUUACAAACUUUGUAGAGGGUCUGUUCAGCCUAAACACGCAGUACGAUAAGUUCCGUCUGAACCUGCGCGACUUCCUCAUCUCUCUAAAGGAGUUUGCCGGCGACAAUGCCGAGCUCUUCAUCGUCGAAAAGGAACAACAAGAACGCGACGCCAAGGCGGCCGACAUGGAGAGACGGCAAAAGGUUGGCGGUCUGCUGAAGCCGUCGGAGCUUGACGACGAAGAGCUAUGA